CAUAUGUACCAUUUUUAGAGUCUUAGCUCACAUCUCUUCCCUAUAUAUACUGUAUACAUAUUCAAACACAAUAUAACCUGCACCAUUCACUCUCUCUCACAAAACACAAAGCACAAAACACAUUCUCCUUGUUCUUUCAAAUUUUGUUGCAUCCACAAACUAAGUAAUCUCAAAAAUGGCUCUUUCCUCCAAAUUGUCUUUGGUUCUCUUCCUCUCUUCUCUCUUCCUCCAUGCAGCAUUAGCUGAGCUUGUAUGUGAGGAUUUGCCAAAGGGUGUUUGUGCAUUUUCAAUAGCAUCUUCCGGGAAAAGGUGUUUGCUCGAGACGUCGGUGGCGGGUGAUGGAAGUGUUGAGUAUCAGUGUAGGACAUCAGAAGUUGUGGUUGAGAGAAUGGCUGAAUACAUAGAGACUGAUCAAUGUGUUCAAGCAUGUGGGGUUGAUAGGAACUCGGUUGGGAUUUCAUCAGAUGCCCUUCUUGAGGCACAAUUCACUGCAAAGCUUUGCUCCCCAGCUUGUUACCAGAAGUGCCCCAACAUUGUUGAUCUUUAUUUCAAUUUGGCUGCCGGUGAAGGAGUAUUUUUGCCGGAGUUGUGUGAGAGACAGCGCAGCAGUCCUCACCGCAUCAUGAGCGAGCUUUUGAGCUCCGGUUUUGCCCCUGGUCCAACCUCUGGCAAUCCAUCAGUGGCUUCAAUCCACAGGACCGCCUCUGCUCCAGCUCCCCUGUAAUCAUCUCAUGUUUUUUUGAGAUCAUUUGCCUUUGAAAUUAGUGUAAUUGAAUCAAGAAUAAUUGACAAAUUAGAGAUACUAUGAGGGAAUGAGGGUUCAUUCUUUUGGGAUGAGUUCAGUGAGAAUUAUUAUUAUUAUUAUACAUAUAUGAACGGGAGUAUGAAUUGCUAGAUUUUUAUAAUCUGAGAUCAAUGAAUA